CUUUGAAAAUAAGCGGGAAGGGGAUCCGUUAAUCCAACAAUGAACAAAAUCGAGAGCAUUCUGGUCACGUGAGCAAAAGACGAUCGUUUCUCCCGCGCUUGCAUCCGUAAUUAUCGUUUGACCUUUUCAAUUGGACUAUUUUUUUGGCCAGCGCGUACGUGUACGCCGUAUUUAUAGCGACAACGAGUCUCGAAAAUAGUUGACUAUUGUAUACAUGCAUGCAUAUGUAAAUAUGGCAUCCUGUGACUGGCAGAUUACUAAACAGAAACUGACGGAGCGUAGUCAGUAUUUGUUGGAAUUGGGACUAUGGUCUGAUUGCAAUUUUAUCGUAGGACAAGAGCCUCAGCAACAAACUUUCAAGGGCCACAAGUUGUUCCUAGCAAUGUCCAGUCCGGUCUUUGAGGCUAUGUUUUUUGGUGGCAUGGCGGAAAAGAAUGAUCCCAUACCAAUUGAGGAUGUGCAGCCAGAAGCAUUUAAGGUCUUAUUGGAAUACAUAUAUACUGAUAAAAUAGAAUUAGAUUCCUUCGAAUUGGCUUGUGACUUAUGGAAUUGUGCCAAGAAAUAUAUGCUGCCAUCUUUAGUAGAAGAGUGCAUAAAGUAUCUGAGCUCUCAUCUUUCGGCGAAAAAUGCAUGCAAGGCAUACGAGAUUGCCAAGCUUUUUGAAGAAUCUGGAUUAUUAGACAAGUGUCUACAAAUCAUACGUACAAAGACAAAUGAAGUAUUAAAGGAAUCUACCUGGGAGGAAGUGGAGCUGAAAACACUUCUCAAAAUUUUAGAUCAGGAUGACUUGCAGAUUUUAUCAGAAGUGGAAUUAUUUAAUGCAGUAGAACGAUGGGCCAUUGCGGAAUGUCAGAGGAAAUCUCUCGAGCCCACAGAUAAGACAUCUUUAAGAUCUGUUAUUGGAAGUGCACUCUUAAAGAUAAGAUUUUUGAGUUUGUCUUCUAAAGAAUUUGCAGAUGGUAUUGGUGUGUCUCCUCUGCUUACACGAGACGAAGCUUUCACUAUAUUAAUGAAUAUACCAAGCAAGGACAUAGUACCUAUGCCAGAAGGUUUUUCCACUAAUAGGAAUAGAAGAAAUCCAAACGUAAUAAAUUUUCAAGCACAAACUACUUUUGUGAGUCAGGAAAACGCUUCACCAAUGUUUGGAGUCGCCAAUUCUUCAUUACCAUUUGGAAGAACACAUAAGGUAACAUCGCGCUAUAUAAAAAAAAAAGUUGCAGGAAGGUUGAUCUGUGCUAAAAAUAAGGUUUACUACUAACAAAGUUUAUUACUUAUAAUUACUGAAUUCCAUUUUUCCGAUUCUGGUAAAGCGAAGAUUUCUCGUUUAAAUGUUGUAGUCGUUUUAAAAUUGAAAAAUUCGACAUUUUUUCAAAAAUUCACAUUUAUUAUUUGUUUCACAUUAAAUUGUUUUAACAUCUGUACCAUUGAGCAUUAUACUCAUUUUAAUAAAUUAACAAAUUUUUAUUUUAUUUA